AUCCUUAGACAGUAAGCCAUCGUUCCAUCAGCUUCAGCCAUGGCUCGCGAUAAUCUGUGCAUGCUCAACAACAGCGAUAUUGUCGCCGCUGAUGAAGAUGUCAACGGUUGGCUGGCUUUGGAGACGCUCUUGGGUCCGAUGUUUGGUUGUCGUCGGAAGGAGGAGAUGUCGACUAUGGUUUCUGCACUUUCAUAUGUGGUCGCUGGUGGUGUCGCCACCGGUGCAGACAUAUUGGGUGGUGGUAGCAAGAGAGGACGUCACGACGAAGUUGUUCAUGUGAUGAAUGAAGACUCCAUUUUUGCUCAUGAGAAAGAGAAAGAAGGGUCAACAUACACAUACAUGAAUACAGAAAGCAGUAGUACGAUAGAAGAUGAUGGAUUAGAAAGAAAGUAUCGAGGAGUGAGACGCAGGCCUUGGGGGAAAUGGGCUGCAGAGAUCCGUGAUCCUUGCAAGGCUUGUAGAGUUUGGUUGGGUACUUUUGGCACCGCUAAAGCUGCGGCUCGAGCCUACGACGAAGCUGCUCUGAACUUUAGAGGCAGUAAAGCUAAACUCAACUUCCCUCAAGAUGUUCAACUCCAUGGAACACAAUCGUUCCGACCCAAAGGGGUCUGAGUCGUUUCAUAUAUGUAUAUACGUAUAUAUAUGUAAUAUAUAUACGUAUAUAUGUGUAUAUAUAUGUAUGGAAUUAGGUCAACAUCCGUAUUCAAUUUAUUCUAAGAAAGAUACAUAAAUACAAUGCUUAAUUUCAUGUGUUU